CGUUCUUUCGUUUUUCGCCUGCUGCGUGCGAAGGAGAGAGAGGAAAAAACGGCUCUCAGCAAAGCAACAAGAAGGAAGAGCAAUGGCGACACUGGAUCGCCAAAUACCAAGUCUGGAUACCUUCCUUUGCGAGCCUUGGUCUUCCUUCGUCAGUGCGGCUAAAUUACGUUUUGUUGACAACGCAGACUCGUCCUUGGAUAACAGCGACAGAGAGCUUUGCUGCCCCGGUGAAGAAGUGAAGCUCGGCGAAGAAGAGAUGCUUGUCUACAGCCAGUUUCCAGCACUGGAGGAUUUUUGUCUUGUUGUCUGCCAUGUCUGUAAUCAGGUGGUCACUCCUCAGGGCAUCCUCGCACACUAUGAGAAGCGCCACGUUUCCCCCAUUCCCUCCAGGAGCCCCCUGGUCGCCAUGAAGCCUAAAGCACCUGCAGUGGCCCCCGCUGUGGCUCCCAGUCCUGGGGACACGCUGGCCUUCAGGGUCCCUAAAGAUUACCCUCACUCGCGCUUCAGCAAGGCACCACUUGCUGUCUACCCACCAAAGGGGGCACGGAACAAGACAUGUGUAUCCCUUCCAGUCGUAAGCCUGGAGAAGAUGCCCUGCCUCAACCGAGCCGACUCUGCGUCACACGUGCGCCUCACCUCCUCCUCUUCCUCUCCUACUCCCUCCUCCCUCAAACUUCCAUCCCUCACUCCCCCAGCCUCCCACCGGUCCAGCGAGAAGCUCACGAACGGUCGCGGAGCAAGCGGACCGUCCACGCCACGCUCCACCAUAUCUCCCUCCUCUCUGGACAGACGCCCCAGUCCGGCACGCUCUCCGCUGGACAGACGGCCGUCAUCGACACCUUCUCCUUCUCCGCUGGAUCGGAAACCCUCCCCGGCACCUUCCCCUUCUCACCGAGCCGGUGCUCUGCCGUCAUCGUCGGCGCCAUCGGAGAAGAAGCCCCAAAAUGGAACUAAGGCUUCCUCCAGGCCGCAGAAAAGACUCUCAGGGAGAGUGUUUGAUCCUAACAAGCACUGUGGAGUCCAGGACCCCGAGACUAAACGGCCCUGCACGCGGUCUCUCACCUGCAAGACUCACUCCUUAACACACCGCCGGGCCGUCCCCGGCCGAAGGAAACAUUUUGACAUCCUCCUGGCCGAACACAAGGGGCGGCCGAAGGAGGGAGCAAAGGAGAAGGAGAAAGAUAAGGACGGAACGCAGGGAGGGAAGGAGGGUAGCAGCCAGAGUAUCAUUUCACAAGAGGCCGCGUGUCCCAGCAAGCCUCACUGCCCAAAUGGACGACCCCUGUCUACGCUGAAGCUACGGCUGGCAAAUGCACACAUACCCAGGGUUCCAGGCUCCAACACCUCCACCUCCAGUCCUCUGCCUCCAGCACCGGCCCCUGCCCCGGCCCCUAACCCCGAGCCGUCUCCCCACAGUUGGGUGACGGCAGCGGGAGACGGCAGCCGGCUUUCCAGUGACGAGGGAGACGCAGAGACUCCAGACUACCCUGACAGACCUGCCUUUCACUUCUCCAAUCACCACCCGCAGCCUUUAGGGUGUUGCGUAUUCAGCAGCAGGCUCAUGGGACGGGGUCACUAUGUGUUCGACAGGCGAUGGGACAGGAUGAGGCUGGCGCUCCAGAACAUGGUGGAGAAACACCUUAACUCUCAGAUGUGGAGGAAGGUGCCUCUGGCUUCUGAGAGCCUCCUCUCCCUCUCCUCCUCCGGUACCUCCCCCGUCACUUCACAACAGACUCCCUCUCCUACAUCCAUCACUUCUCCUCUCCUCUCCUCCCCCUCCAACUCCCUCUCCUACACCGCCACAUUUCCUCAGUCCGCAUCCAUGGUGUUCAGCAUUCGAGACGCUACACAGCCCGUCGCCCCAGUUUCUGCACUGGGUAAAGCCCGUAACGGCACGCAUAAAGCCAGCCGCCCAUCCAAAGACAUGGAGGACUCAGUAGUGGGAUCCAAGAAGAGAAAAAACUCUUCCUACUCCUCCUCCACAUCCUUUUCUUCUUCUUCCUUGUUUUCGACUGUGGAUAAUCACAAAAGGAAUGGCAGCAGCUAUCAUCCAACAUUACAAGGUUCAGGGGGGGCUGCAGCAACCCCAGCCAGGAAAAAGGGACUCGGGCGUGGGGGAAGCGGGUUUUGGAGCAGCGGAGAGGACUGGCUAUCCAGAACCGAUGGGUCUGAAAGCCACAACUCACAAAACAGUCGCGAACUUGGCACGACCAGUAUACCCUACUCGCCCAACAGGGAGCCUGCCUCCACCCCCCAUCAGCCCUUGGCUUCCCCCUCCGGACCCUUGGCUUAUGGGGGAGGAGCAGAGGGGAGGAAAAGGAGGAGUCCUAGCUCUUACAGAGGGAAGGCCAGUAAGCUGAGCAGGCCGGGUGGGUUGGAGAGCCUCUUUGGGAAUGGGAGCGACAGCGGGGGAAUACUGGCAUCGGGGCCCGAGUCCCCGAGACAGGCCAAGUUGCAUCACUGACAGAACCCUGUUUCAUGGACUGAAUGUUGGGCAGCUGUGCAGGCCACCACCGUUUGUGACCUUCGAACCUCACCACUCUUCCACUGAUGGCACCAAUCAGACUGCUUCUUCUCUGCGAUGUCACCCCUAUUUACCCAAUGACAGUUGAGUUCACCCGCUGUGACAUCGCAGGCUCGGCAGUCUUUGCCCACACAGUUGACUAGCAGUCAUUUUCACUCUCCGCCUCUAAUUAUGGAGCGUUUUGAUGGAGAGCUGCUGUGCAUCACUCUGCUCGUGGUCUUUUUUUUCAGACAGUGGAAUCCAAAAACUUAUCCUCUGAAAAGGGAAUUUGCCUCACCAAGUUUUCAAGGCACUGUUAAUAAUACCAUCACUGUAUAAUUUUUGGAGAGACAAUCAGAUUAUUUUCUGGUUGUUCUGACCAUUUUCCUGGUUGCUGUGUCAGGUCAGCUGACAAGGACAGAGGUGUGUGAUUGUUUUUGGGAGUAAGAUGGUUGAAGGACCUACUGAUACGACUACUGUAGGACUCAGCCUUCAGCUGUGCCACCCCAAGUGCCCCACCCCCCUU